GCCCAAAGCAGUCACACCCGGCCGCCAAAAAGAAAAGAAAAGAAAAGAAAAGGGGAACCCGCUUCUCUUGCCCGAAAGGUUCUUCGCCGCCCUUCCCAUGUCCCCCUGCGCGCCGCCCGCCGCCGCCGCCGCGCGCGGAGUGAACCCGGCUAAACCACUCCGCCGGGCCCCGUCCUCCUCAACCCAUGCUCGCUUCCCCCACCUCUUUAUGUCCUCUUCUCCUCCCCGCACCUCGCCCCUCGCGGCGGCGGCCUGCGGAAGCGGGGCGGCGGCCCCUUCCUCCCUUCUCGCCGCCGACCCGGGCCACCGCGAGGCCGUGCUGCUCGCUGCACGCGCCGCCAUGGGGAACUGCCUCGGAGAGACCCGCCUCGACCUCGCGGUGCCAGGGCUCCGCCUCGCUGCCAAGGGCAAGGUGAGGGACGUGUACGAGAGCGGGGAGCACCUGGUGUUGGUGACCACCGACAGGCAGAGCGCUUUCGACCGCGUACUUGCUUCCAUCCCGUUUAAAGGGCAGGUUCUUAAUGAGACAAGCCUUUGGUGGUUCAAUCAGACCCGUCACAUUACUCCAAAUGCAGUAGUGUCUUCUCCUGAUAAGAAUGUAACAAUCGCCAAAAGGUGCACAGUUUUUCCAGUUGAAUUUGUUGUGAGGGGCUUUGUUACAGGAAGCACUGAUACAUCUUUAUGGACAGUUUAUAAUAAGGGUGUAAGGAACUAUUGUGGAAAUGCUCUUCCUGAUGGCAUGGUAAAGAAUCAGAAGCUAUCUGCAAAUAUACUGACACCAACAACUAAAGCUGCAGAUCAUGAUGUCCCUGUCACUCCAGAUGAGAUAAUCAAGUCAGGGUUGAUGUCAAAGGAGGAUUUUCAUGAGGCUGGAAGCAAAGCCUUAAGCUUGUUUGCAUAUGGACAGAAAGUGGCCUUAGAGAAUGGAUUAAUUCUGGUUGACACAAAGUAUGAGUUUGGAAAAACAGCUGAUGGGACAAUCGUGUUGAUUGAUGAGGUUCAUACUCCUGACUCCAGCAGAUAUUGGAUUGCUAAUUCAUAUGAAGAUAGAUUCAAAUCUGGCCUCGAACCUGAAAAUGUUGAUAAGGAGUUUUUAAGGCUUUGGUUCAAGAACAACUGCAAUCCAUAUGAAGAUGCGGUUCUGCCAGAAGCUCCAGAAGAGUUGGUUUGUGAGCUAGCCUGGCGGUACAUUUUCCUGUUUGAAACCAUCACAAAGACAAAAUUCGAGAUCCUGGAAACACAGGAACCAAUUCAUGAAAGGAUAUCAAGGAAUGUCGCUCAAGCCUUACUGGACCUAUGAUUGCUGAUAGGGGAUCCUGGGGCAGAGUUUGCUGUGAGGCGCAUUUCUGGUACCAAUAUUCCCGUGAGAAUAUUAGUAUGCGCACAUGCCAUAUAUCCGUCAUGUGAAGGUUGCCAUUGCGGCUUGAUGAAGCAGAACUAUCCACAUUUCUUCAUGAUCUGUGAUUGAUGAAGCAGAACUAUCCACAUUUCUUCAUGAUCUGUGAUGUAAUGUGGUAAUAAACUCCAACUAGAGCUGGUUGUGUUUAUGUGAGCAACCGCCAUGCUCUGUUGGUGAGAUUUGCCGUGUUUGGAGCAUGAGGGGAGAUAAAUAGAGAAAUUCAGACAGACAGAUGCGGUAUGCAUACGGAUCUUCCUCUAAUUUCCUGGUGUCAGUGUAACGUUUGGCAAGUGGUUGAGCUGAGCAGCCAUCACGCUCUAGAAACAUAUCUUUCUGAAAUGAAAAGAAUAAAUUGCAAAUAACCAUUCGAACAGUUCAUUAGUAUGUUUGUACGUAAUUGGGCUUUUCCUCAAUAAAGUAAAUUUUUUUUUCAA